CUGGGAAGAGAUGAACCCCAGGGUGUGAAUAAUGGGGUGCCGGGACACACACAGCGGAGGGAAUAUGAACUGCGAAGUUCAAGGGUACAAAUGUACCCACUCCGAGCCCUACGCUCAGGGCCAGACGGGGAGAGAACUUAUCAAUAUUGGCCAUUUUCUUCCAGCGAUCUAUAUAACUGGAAGAGUCAAAAUCCRUCAUUUUCGGAAAAACCUGCGGCCUUAAUAGACCUUAUAGAGUCUAUACUGUUCACUCACAAUCCCACUUGGGAUGAUUGUCAACAAUUGUUAAAAAUUUUGUUCACCACAGAGGAACGGGAGAGAAUCCUAGCAGAAGUGCGUAAGUGUGUACCUGGGGUAGAUGGGCGACCCACCACCCAACCCCACCUGAUAGAUGACGGAUUCCCUCUUGCGAGACCUCCGUGGGACUUCAACCAGGCUGAAGGUAGGGAGCRUCUCCGAAUAUACCACCAGACUCUGAUGGCAGGGCUGCGAGCAGCAGCACGUAAACCCACCAAUUUGGCUAAGGUUAAUGCGGAGACAGGAUUGGGGGAACAGACAGUACAAGAUCUGUUAAAAGUAGCAGGGAAGGUUUAUAAUAACCGAGAAACACCAGAGGAGAGACAGGAGAGAAUAAGGAAGGAGGAUCAGGAAUUCCAAGCCCGAGAGAACAGACGGAAUCAAAAGGAGUUAGCUAAGAUCCUGUAUGCAGGGAAAGGAGGAAUAGAGAGUACAGCGGCAAGUGGGAAAAGGGAAGGAAGAGGAAGGUUGGAGCGCGAUCAAUGUGCGAUAUGUAAAAAGAGGGGGCACUGGAAGAAUGAAUGUCCAGAGAGGAAGAAGGAAAAAAUUGGGGAAGGAGGAGGGCUCCAGAAUUAUAAAAGGCGAGUCCAAGUACUGAUGGCUGAGCACGGAGAGGAAAGCGACUGAGGGUGUCGGGACUCGGCCCCCUUCCCCGAGUCCUGGGUAACGCUUGGAGUGGAAGGGAAGCRGAUAGGAUUCUUAGUAGAUACCGGGGCUGAACAUUCGGUUUUAAAUAAAAAUACAGGGAAACUGGCUGAAAGGACCAGUCUGGUUCAGGGGGUUAACGGAGUGAAACCCUAUCACUGGACCACAAAUCGGUGGGUGUAUCUGGGGACAAAACAGGUUACGCAUUCUUUUAUAUAUGUUCCGGAAUGUCCUGCCCCGUUAUUAGGAAGAGAUUUAUUAACUAAGCUUAGGGCCAGAAUACAUUUUGAGGAAGGAGGUGUAAAAAUAAGUGAUGGGGAGGGAAAUCCUUUACAUGUUUUGACGAUGAGGUUGGAAGAUGAAUAUCGAAUAUAUCAGCCUAGGAGAAUAGAAGGGAUUACCCAGGAAAUAAUGGAAUGGGUAGAGAAGAUCCCUGAGGUCUGGGCAGAAACAGCGGGGGUCGGGAGGGCUGCCCAUAGAGCCCCAAUAAUUGUGGAACUGAAACCAGGGGCCAGGCCGGUGAGAGUGAGACAGUAUCCCAUGACGAAGGAGGCGAAGACAGGAAUAACCCCACAUAUCAAUAAUCCGUAUACUCUGCUUAGCACACUCCCCCCAUCUAUGGGCUAUUAUACAGUACUGGAUUUUAAGGAUGCAUUCUUCAGUUUAAUACUAGCAGAGAAGAGACAAGAAAUCUUUGCCUUCGAAUGGGAAGAUUUACAGAAAGGGAUAUCGGGACAGCUUAUUAAUAGGAAAGCAUGGGAAAUAUAUUUCACAGAAGUAAAGCCAGGGAAAUAUGGGUAUAGGUAUCUGUGGGUAAUGGUAGAUACCUUCUCAGGAUGGGUAGAAACUUUCCCAAUGAAACGGGAAACAGCACAAACAGUAGCUAAGAUACUGAUGGAAGAAAUAAUUCCCAGAUAUGGGAUACCGGAAGUGAUAGGGUCUGACAAUGGGCCUGCUUUUGUGGCCAAUGCAAUUCAAAGCGUACUGCACUUAGUGGGAACAAAGUGGGAACUGCAUUGUGAGUAUAACCCACAAAGUUCAGGACAAGUAGAGAGGAUGAACYGAACAUUGAAAGAAACAUUAACAAAAUUAAUAUCAGAGACUGGUGGUGAUUGGGUGACGCUCCUGCCUUAUGCCAUAUUCCGGGUACGAAACACGCCGUAUGUGAUGAACCUAACACCAUUCGAGAUCAUGUACGGGGCACCCCCGCCGGUAUACCCUGUCAAACAGAAAGSGGGGGAGAARAAGGGUAUACCCGGGGAUAUGAUACAGGCAAUGCGUGCAAUAAAAGAAGUCCACAGGGAAAUAUAUCCAGUAAUCAGAGCCAUAUAUGAACAAGGGGACCUACCCGAGGGGUCCCUGCAUGAUCUUGAAACAGGAGACUGGGUAUGGGUAAAACGACAUAACCCAAAAUCGUUAGAAACAAAAUGGAAAGGACCGUAUGUUGUAAUCCUUGUAACUCCUACAGCUCUUAAGGUGAACGGAAUAGGCCCGUGGAUACAUCACUUGCAUGUGUGGAAGGCCAGCCCACCGGACCAAGAGGAAGCCAAAAGGUGGGAAGUUCAACAGGAUCCAGAAAACCCUCUGAGACUUCGGGUUAAACGGAGGGAGGGGGUGAUUGCUGAGGAUAACGAUAAUCGCACAAGCGAAAAGGGAAAAYCCGUUGAGACUCCGUCUCCAGCAGAAGAAGAUGACUAA